AUGCUCGGCAAACGGGUUGAUUAUUCGGGGCGUUCCGUAAUUGUCGUGGGUCCCUCACUUUCAUUACAUCAAUGUGGAUUGCCUCGUGAAAUAGCAAUCGAGCUUUUUCAGACAUUUGUAAUUCGUGGUCUAAUUAGACAACGUCUUGCUUCGAACAUAGGAGUUGCUAAGAGUCAAAUUCGAGAGAAAGUGCCAAUUGUAUGGGAAAUACUUCAGGAAGUUAUGCGGGGACAUCCUAUAUUGCUGAAUAGAGCGCCUACUCUACAUAGAUUAGGUAUACAGGCAUUCCAACCUAUUUUAGUGGAAGGGCGUGCUAUUUGUUUACAUCCAUUAGUUUGUAAGGGAUUCAAUGCGGACUUUGAUGGGGAUCAAAUGGCUGUUCAUGUACCUUUAUCGCUGGAGGCUCAAGCGGAGGCUCGUUUACUUAUGUUUUCUCAUAUGAAUCUCUUGUCUCCAGCUAUUGGAGAUCCCAUUUCAAUACCAACUCAAGAUAUGCUUAUUGGGCUCUAUAUAUUAACAAGCGGGAAUCGUCGAGGGAUUGGUGCAAAUAGGUAUAAUCCGUGUAAUCGCAGAAAUUCUCAAAAUGAACGAAUUCUCACGAAUAACAAUAAGUAUACGAAAGAACCGUUGUUUUGUAAUUCCUAUGAUGCAAUUGGAGCUUAUCGGCAGAAAAGAAUCAAACUAGAUAGUCCUUUGUGGCUCCGGUGGCAACUAGAUCAACGCGUUAUUGUUUCAAGCGAAGCUCCUAUCGAAGUUCACUAUGAUUCUUUGGGUACUUAUUAUGAGAUUUAUGGGCACUAUCUAAUAGUAGGAAAUAUAAAAAAAGAAAUUGUUUGUAUAUACAUCCGAACCACUAUUGGUCAUAUUUGUCUUUAUCGAGAAAUUGAAGAAGCUAUACAGGGGUUUUGCCAAGCCUGUUCAGAUGUUACCUAA